UGUGGUAACGUCUUAAGGUGGUGCAUUCAGGUCGAGAUCCUUCUUCCAACCAUCCUCCCUAUUGAUCUUCUCAUAAACACCAUCAGCAGUAUUCUCCUUGUCCAAUUUCAACAGCACCGAUCGCUCCGUACAACUAUCUGAGACCACAACAAAGCAAUACAGUUCGACCUUGCAGUGUCUUAUUGAUAGGCCGAGUGGCGACCAAGUUCAAAAAUCCAUUCCUUACAUCCGCUCCGAACAUUGAUAUACGACAAUGGGGUCCUGGCCGAAUGACGCUGGGUUCGACACAGCCUACCAAGAACUCGUACCCAUAACGUUAAGGGUUAAGGGUGACAUUCCACACUACGCGGCCGGUGUCUUAUACCGAACCGGGCCACUAGGCUACAAGGCCAAAUCCGAGAAUGGCAGAGAAUUCGCAGCGAAGCAUUGGUUCGACGGGUUCUCUGCUGUUCAUCGGUUCCAGAUAGACUUCCCUGAUACACAUGGACCUGCAAAAGUCAGCUACAGAUCUCGAAGGACCGUGGAUGAGUAUCUCGAGCAUGUUCGUGCAACUGGCAAAGGUGAAGGCCUUACAUUUGCUUUGAAGCGGGACCCAUGCAAUAGCUUCUUCAAGAAAGUCAUGGCCGUUUUCGUGCCUCCAGCACGCGAUAACAGGAAUGUGGGCGUGACACUCUCGAUUAAUAUGCCUGGUGGCGGCCGAGCCGGGGGCGUGGAGAAACCUCCGAUCAACGGUCAUACAAACGGCAUCCAGACCCUACACGCAAAGAGCGACCACCACAUGGUGAAGAAGAUAGAUCCCGAGACUCUGGAACCCCAAGGCAUCGCUCUUCAGGAGUCUCUGCACCCUGAUCUAAAGGGGCACAUAUCUGCUGCCCACGCCAAAUCUGAUCCCAAAACAGGCGACAUCUUCAACUUCAACCUGGAGUUCGGUAAGAAUUCCACUUAUCGCAUCUUCCGCAGCUCGGCGUCUACUGGCAAGACGGGCAUCCUUGCGACCUUUCAUGGCACACCGGCAUAUAUCCAUUCGCUCUUUCUCACCGAGAACUAUGUGAUCCUUUGUGUCUGGAACAGCCACUUUACUUGGGCCGGCACCUCCAUCCUGUAUCAUCAAAACAUAGUCCAGGCUAUCGCACCUUUCGAUCCCACUUCUAAAGCAACAUGGUACGUGAUCGACCGCACGCACAACCGCGGGCUCGUAGCCGCAUACCAAAGCUCAGCUCUAUUCUCUUUUCACAGCGUCAACGCCUGGGAGGAGCCAUCGACCACUGACCCUACCCAAACGGAUGUCAUCACCGAACUUUCCCUCUUCGAAAACACCGACGUAAUCCACCGCUUCUACUACGACAAUCUCCUGUCCUCGCUAUCGACUCCAGACUCAGAAUACGCCGGCAAGAAGCGCCUCUCUUGUCUGCCCAUGCAGGCACAAUUCCGGCUCCCAAACGUCUCUUCUCCUACCACUGGUUCCGAGCACAGAGAAGCAGAGCGCCUCUUCCUAGCAGACAAAAUGAUCUCCGUCGAACUCCCCACCAUCAAUCCCUCCUACCUAACCAGCCGCCACCGGUACACAUACGGCGUCACUGAUCGCUUGAAGUCCUCAUUCAUGGACGGGAUCGCCAAAUUCGAUAAUAUCACACAAACCUCGAUAUUUUGGGAGUGCGAGGGGCAUACGCCCGGGGAGCCAAUCUUCGUUGCGGAUCCUGAGGGCAAGGCGGAGGAUGAUGGCGUGCUCUUGACAGUUGUGCUCGAUGGGUAUGUGGAGAGGAGUUAUUUGCUUGUGUUGAGGGCGAGGGAUUUGAUGGAGUUGGGGAGAGCGGAGGUGCCGGGGCCGGUGGCGUUUGGGUUUCAUGGGGCGUUUAAAGGGGAGGGGAUGCAGUACUCUGGGGAUAUCUGAAGCUUUGAGUGGAAGAGUUGCAUUCGCAUAGAAGAGUUUUCGUUGGUCACACCUAAUCCAUCAUCUACUUUGUACAACUUUACCACAUAAUCUCGGAUAUCUCAACAGCAAACUCUGUUCAAGGUUGCAAGUGCUUGUCGAAGCUAUCAUGGGCCGUUACGACCCAAUUCGCGCACGACGAGACACCUCCGUUCCUUUGAUGGAGUUGAAUCUGAUAUCCGUUACGUGCUGUUGUUGAGGUAUGGUGGCUCCAGUGGUGUUGUUGUUGACUUUGAAAAGU